CUUUAAUAAUGUCUGUUUUAGCAGUCAAAAGACGUAAACUCACCGAUAACAAAGAAUCUUCUCUUUCUGAAGAAGAAAACCACAGCAGCUCUAACAAGGAGCAAAGGUCCACUAAUGGACUUGAUGACGACCAGAAAUCAGAGUGUGAAGGCGACCAAGAAAGCAGCGGAAAUGUAAGAACCUCCAGAGUUUCAGGCUUUGGCCGCAGAAGGAAGAAGAAGGUUUUCGCUGAUUAUUACUGUGACGAGAUCUUCUCCAAGCCUAAAGGAGGAAAUAAGAAGAAAGAGCCUAAAUUGAAGAGAAAGAAGAGUAAAGGUAGUGGAAAAGCUAAAGGGGGAAAGAAGGAAUCAACUGAAGAGUCCAAGAAAAGCUCCUCUAAAGGGUUGAACAAGAAAAUUCCAAAAGUAGUACCAGAUAAUCAGAGGCAAACCUUAUCUGCUCUGAAUCAGAAGAACAUUGGGCCUUUGUUUCAGAGAAAAAUGCAGGGAAAUAAUUCUUUCAAGCCUCUAGAGAUGUCUACAAAGAGUCAUGAAAUUCAAAAGUUGACUUCUGGGCAAAAUAAUUUUGGAAAUUUAAACAUGGCCAAUAUGGCUGACACUAAAAUUUAUCCAAUUAAGCCAAUUCCUCAGAGACAGGGAGGGUCUAAGCUAGACUUACUGCUGAGUGCUUAUAGGAUGAGUAAUCCUGUACAGGGAAACCCCACCUCUAUUCUAGACCAGAAUUUGAAAAAGAGAGAAGAUAAGGAAAUUGAUAAGCAAGUGCAAAAGCUUCUUUCAAACAGUGAGAACCCGUUAAUCAAAAGAGGGACUCCGUUUGGCCUAGGAAGUAUGCAGAAUACUAUAAAUGCUAUCUUGAAUAGGACUAACAGUUCCACUUCAAUGAAUAUUGGGCCCAUGAAUGCACUUGCUCCUGUGAUUCACUCAGAUGGGAGAAAGUCUAGCUCCGAAAUUGAAGAGAAUUUCAAACCCAAGACUCCUGUCAAAAAGAAGAUCAAUAGAUUGUAUGAAAGGGAAGAAUACUCCAGCCCUGAAAACAAUAAAUACAAGGAAUCAUCCUUCAUUUCUCGGAAACAUAAGCCAUUUAUCAUGAAGACUCCCAAAAAGCUAAAGGGCAAGUCGAAAACUAUUCAGGAGAAAGCUGAUAAAACUUCACGUGUUACAAAAAGGAUAAAAACUGGAGAAGAAGUGAGAUUGGUGCUUGAAAGCCCCACUUCUUCGACAACUUCUCACAUUGAUUUACAUAUCGGCAAAAGAAAUCUAAGUGACACUGUAAAUUCCGGCAAUAACUACCCAAAUUUGAAUAAAUUGCUAGGCGUCAAUGGUUCAUUAGACUCUAUGGUGAACAGCAUAAGCUCCAAAUUGACUGAGAAAUAUUCUAACAAUACCUCUAGGACUAUAGGAUCAAGGUCUAUCAGUAACUGCGAUAACUAUAGACUAAACUCAGUGCCUUUGCUGUUUGCUUCAUUCAAAAAUUAAUUUUGUACUGUCAAAAGAAUUUCAAAUAUCAACAGAUUACAAGGAAGACAUAUUUAUUUUAUUUUGAAUAAAUAUUUA